AUGGGCAACGAGGCCAGCCUGGAGGGCGGAGGAGCUGAGGGGCAACUGCCCCCCGGCUCCGCCGCUGGCCCCUCCACGUCGCCUGGGACUGCCAAGCCGCCUUCAGCACCAGGCAGCGGCGGACAGCUCCCCCCGGGCAGGGCUCCAGCCGCCGCACCGGGCCCCGCGCAGCCGCACGGACCCUCCGCCAGCACACCAAGAAGACCAGAUCAAUCAGACCCUUCCUUUGGACAGAGAGCAGCAUCCCCAUCCCUAAAACAAGCUGCUCAGACCAGUGAAAGCACAAGGGAGAUGAGGAGCCAUGGACAGACCCCGCAACAACAGGCUGAUGGGCCAAGGAGGACUCUCCAGGUGGACAGGAGGGACCAGAGAUCAGGACGUUCGCCAUCUGUGUCACCCGAUAGAGCCAGCACCCCUACCUCACCUUAUUCUGUCCCACAAAUUGCACCUCUCCCUAGCAGCACUCUCUGUCCUAUAUGCAAGACAACAGAACUCACCUCUUCUCCUAACCAGCCAAACUUCAACACCUGUACACAGUGUCACAACAAGGUCUGCAAUCAGUGUGGAUUCAACCCCAACCCUCACCUGACUGAGGUGCAAGAAUGGUUAUGUUUAAAUUGCCAGAUGCAGAGAGCUUUGGGCAUGGACAUGACCACAGCGCCCCGCUCCAAAAGCCAGCAGCAGCUACACUCUCCUUCCCUUUCCCCUUCCCAUUCCCCAGCCAAGCAGCCGCAGCCGCAGCCGCAGCCACAGCCACAGCCCCAAGUGGCAAAAGGACCAGAGAAACCACCAGGAACUAUGCAGCCAGGCCCCAGGCCCACUGCUGGUGUCGUGCAGCCUGAGACCCCCAAACCACCCUCAGCUUCUGCACAGAGGGAACCGCACAGCCAAGCCAAGCCAAAACCUGCUGCUCCUCAGGAAGUGGUGAGGUCUUCCCCUCAGCAUCAGCAAGCAAAGCCUUCGUCCACUGAUCAGAGAAAGACUGCGGGAGACUCCCCUGCUAAGACUCCAGCCCCUCCCCCCAGUACUGGGGCACCAGAGCAACCCCAAGAGGGCCUCACUGGGAAACUGUUUGGAUUUGGGGCUUCUCUCUUGACCCAGGCAAGCACACUCAUGUCUGUCCAGCCAGAGGCCACCCCACCAAGUCAGCAGUCCCCUGGCAAAGUGCCUCCAAAAAUUGUCUUCAGUGAUGCCAGCAAAGAAGCUGGCCCCAAAGCCCCAGGCACUGCACCUGGAAUGCAGGGUAAGGCUGGAACUGCCCCAGCUGCAAAGCAAGUGAAAGCCGAACAAGUUAUCAAGCCAAAGGAAGUGCCGAAAGCAAGGGUCUUGUGCCCCCUCUGCAAAGCAGAGCUCAAUGUGGGCUCUGGGGAACCCUCCAACUACAACAGCUGUACAACCUGUAAGCAGCAGGUCUGCAACAUGUGCGGAUUCAAUCCAACACCUCAUCUGGUGGAGAAAAACGAAUGGCUGUGUUUGAACUGCCAAACUCAGAGGCUGCUAGAAGGAAGCCUAGGAGACCCUGCUCCAAUGCCACUGCCUGCUCCAAAGCAACAGCCAACAGGAUCCCCCCGACACCAACCUGGAGCAAGUGGUCAGCAACAAAGAGGAACAACUCCACUUGUAACACCCCAGCCACCUGAAGCAUUAGCUCCUCAAGACAAGCACCUUUCACAUCUCAGGACUUCAGAAAAGAGCAAAUUACCAAGUACUGCCCAAGAAAAAAAACCUCCUGCUCCAUCAGAAGGAAAGCCACUGCCCAAACUACCCGAAGAGCCUCCAAAAGCUGCUGAAAUUCCAUUGCCAAAGGGGAAAACCACGGCCACAAAACCAGAAGCAGAUAUCAAAGAGAGCACGACCACAUCUGAGUCUCCGAGAAUAAGAGAACAGGAGUCUGAACUUACUAAGCUGGAAAGCAGCAUGCGGCCUCUACUGGAGUCAAAAGGCUUAAGCCAAGAACCAACCGAUAAAGGGAAGGCAUAUCAUGAAUUACGUGAGGAGCAGAAGCAGCGACAGAGGCCACGGUCCCUCUCUAUCACCCCAGAAGCCUUUGAUUCUGAUGAGGAGCUCGAAGACAUCAUGGAAGAAGAUGAGGAUUCCCUAGAAUGGGAGAACCAGAGGGAACAGAGAGAGAGUAUGGAGUCUUCAGAUGACUUUGGCAGCAAGCUGCGCCACGACUAUGUGGAGGACAGCAGUGAAGGAGGCUUCUCCCCAUUACCAACCAGGCAAAAAGGCAAAGAGCCUGAGAUGACAGAUGAAGAGUUCAUGAGGAGGCAGCUCCUGGAGAUGAGUGCAGAAGAAGAUAACCUUGAGGAGGAGGAUGAAUAUGAUCGUGUAAAAUAUAGUGUUUCAAAAAAUGGACACAAGCCUGACUCUGAAAAAAGUAGAGAGGCUACCCCUUCCAAGAGACGCCUGCCUCAUGGCUCUGGCAACAUAUAUGAAGAGGAAAGAAAAGAGCUGGAAAGUUCCGAGGGGGACGACAUGACUGCAUCUCAGGGUGGUUUGCGUCGUUUCAAGACCAUUGAGUUAAACAGCACUAACAACUAUGGCAGAGAUAUGGAGAUCAGCCAGGAAGCAGACAUCAGCCUGGAUAGAGAGCCUGAACUGGAGAUGGAGAGUCUGACAGGUUCCCCAGAGGACAGAUCAAGAGGUGAAUAUUCCUCCACCUUGCCAGCAACAACACCCAGUUACACAUCAGGAACCUCCCCCACCUCCAUCUCUUCCUUAGAGGAGGACAGUGAUAGCAGCCCCAGCCGCAGGCAGAGACUGGAAGAGGUCAAGCAGCAGAGAAAAGCCCGGCAUCGCUCCCAUGGCCCUCUGCUGCCAACAAUAGAAGACUCUUCUGAGGAAGAGGAACUGCGUGAGGAGGAGGAGCUCUUGCGAGAACAGGAAAAAAUGCGGGAGGUGGAACAGCAGCGCAUCCGAAGUACAGCUCGCAAAACAAAAAGAGAUAAAGAAGAGCUGAGGGCACAGAGGAGGAGAGAGAGAUCCAAAACUCCACCCAGCAACCUGUCUCCUAUUGAAGAUGCUUCACCUACUGAGGAACUACGGCAGGCUGCAGAGAUGGAGGAGCUGCACAGGUCUUCCUGUUCAGAAUACUCACCAUCUAUUGACUCAGAAGCAGAAGGGUUUGAUGUAAUUGCCUCUAAACUGUACAAAUCUGGCAGUGAGUACAAUCUUCCAACAUUUAUGUCCCUCUAUUCUCCAACAGAAAAGACUGCUAGUUCUGGUUACCCUUCCAGCAAGCCUUUGAAAAGUGCAGAAGAAGCCUAUGAAGAAAUGAUGAGGAAGGCGGAAAUGUUCCAGAAGCAGCAGCCUUCUCAACAGAGUGUCUCCUAUAGCAACACCUUCCAGCAAGUAGGCUACCGUAGUUUGGAAGGACAAAAUAAUUUUGAAUACCAGUACAUAGAUGACUACAGCUAUGAUAGCCAGAAUCUGGAUUCUUCUCAAGCUGACUACCAAAGUGAACUUUCCAAAUCUGGGGCAGUUUAUGAAGAAAUCCUUCAGACAUCACAGAAUAUCUCCAGGAUGCAUCAGUCCUCUUCUUUGGAUCUGGCACUUGAACAGGAAGUCAAAAAGAAAGGGAGAGAAGACCUAUAUCAAGACAAGCAGUUUCUGAAUGCAGAGAGUGCAUACGAAAGUGGCCCUCUCACUCCUGGGACAAGUCCUACACAGCUGUCUGCUCCUGUCUCCUUUUCAUCCACCGAAAGUAGUGCGAGUAGAAUAAUCCCUGAUGUCAGAGUAACUCAGCAUUUUGCAAAGGAGAGUCAUGAGCAGGCCAAGCUUCACAGCUCACUUACUGCACCUAGCUCAGUUUCAAAGAGUGUAACAAUUCCCUAUUCGUACACAAAAGGAUCUAGCACAGUCACCACUGUUGUUUCUAGUCCAGCAAGUUCACCUCGAAUCUACAGCACGCCAGUUUCUCUGAGCAGCUCAGAUGCACCAUCUGGGUCCACCACUAGCCGAAGUUAUAGUCAAACCAAAGUGACAGCAAGUUAUGGCUCUCAAACAGAAAAUAUUUCCAGGGUCAAGGGUGUGACAGAAAUCAGUGGGUCAGCAGCAAGAGAGAAACUCCAAAGCAUGACUGAGAGCAAGACAAAUGUCCCCAUGUCAACACCUAAAAUCUAUUCUUUCUACAAAAGCUCCAGCCCACCACUGUCCCCUUCUUCUCCUACUCAAAGUCCCACUCAUGCUACUCCAAGAACUGGAAUGCCACCCAGUUCAGGGGUGGGAACUAAAUCAACUGCUGAGUUUUCCACUCAAACACACAGCACAAUGAUCUCAUAUGACAUCCCAGCUACUGCUGUCAUAUCAACAUCCUCUCCCAUGAUAGCCCAAGGGACACAAACUCCUCACCGGUCCAGCUCCCCACGGCUUACUAGGCAGCAGUCUUCCCAAGAAUCCCCCUUCAUGGUCAUCACAUUAGCUUCUGAUGCAGCAAUUCAAACCAAGCCAGUCAGUGUAAGUUCCUCCAUUUCCCCAGCCUCAUCUCCAAUCCAGCAAGGCCGCCAGCAAACAGUGCAUAGUUACAGCCAGACAGUAAUCCAUGCAGCACAACUCCAGCAAGAGCAGCUGCAGCCCACCUACUCAAAAACACAAUCAGCACUAGAAAGAGCCUCUGUGUAUAGUGCGGCAGUGCAGAAAGCACAAAGCACUGCUGCUCCUGAUAGUGUUCCUGGAGUGUACAGCUGGGGAACCCUACCUGCAGAGAACAUUACUUUAUGUAGGAUAUCAUCCAUACCCGGUACAUCCAGAGUAGAACCUGGACCCAGACCUCCUGGUAGUAACAUUGUAGACCUGCGGACGGCAAUCAAGUCAGCUCCAAUCAUCAUAACAGACCAAGGAAUGGAUCUCACAUCCCUAGCUACUGAUAGCAGAAAAUAUUGCCUCACUAUGGACCAGUCACCAAGUCGUCAGUCCACAGCCAUCCAACCCCUAAUUAUCAACCUUAACGCCCAGGAACAACCCCAUGCCAUCAUAAGCACAGCUACCACUGUCAGCAUAGCAGUUGCAUCUUCCAUGCUUGUGUCUCAGCCAAAGCAGCCUGCAGUCUAUGGAGACCCUUUCCAAAACAGAAUGGACUUUGGCCAAGGGACAGGGAGUCCGGUGUGUCUGACACACAUUAAGCAGGUAGAACAAUCAGUUCAGACUGGCACCUUCCGAGGAAGUGCAAGUGGAGCAGGCAUGCCUGCUUCUGGGGGUUGGCCAGACUCUGCAGGUCCACAACAAGCAAAAUUUGCAAGAUAUAAUUUGCCCAACCAGAUGACAUCCUUGAUGAAGAAAGAUACUCAGCCCAGUAAUGCACAAAAUGUUGUUAGUGCCAUUCCCAGGCAGUUUCCUCAGGAUCAAAGCUCGGAGGUAUAUAGAGGGAUCCCAGUGGAACUGAAGACUCCAACUCCAUCAGUCACCCUUGGAAGUAAGAAAUCCCAGGUGAUGAUGGUGCAGAUGGAUGAGAUUGCAGCAGGCCCUGUCACAAAACUAAUCAAAGAAGAACCUCCUUCCAAUGCACUGGAUCUCACAGGAAUGAAGCCCGAGAGCCAAGUGGCUUGUUGUGAUGUAGUGUACAAGUUUCCAUUUGCAGGCAGCUGCACUGGGGCUUUCAACCCUUCUUCCAAGGUGCCAGAGAAAAAUGUUGGGGAUGCAGUUCCCACUGGCAAACCUAGCAGCCAGUACUAUGGAAGCAGAGAACAGGAAGCACUGGAUACGUACCCUUAUAGAGAGCACACAGUGCCAGGGCCUAACCCAUACGAAGAGCACCGGUUCCACCCUCAUGGCCUGUUUGGGCGACUGUACUCAUCAAUGUCAGAUACCAACCUUUCUGAAAUGGGUUUGAACUAUUACUCAGUUAAAGGAGAGCAGCCCUUUCACUCCCCUGCCGGGGAUUCUGCUGUGGAUUUGACAACCAUGAAACAUUCAUACAGCCACAGCUUUGCUGAGGGAGGCUACAUGGGACAUGGAAUGCAAUACGGCUCUUUCUCUGACCUCCGACAGCCCACUGAUUUGCUCAGCCAUUCAUAUCCGAUGCGGAGGUACAGCUCGGCUUCUAACAUCUACUCUGAUUAUAGAUAUUCACCAAGAGGGGACUUAACAAAUUUCCAGGAAGCCAGCCUGGCUCAUUAUAGUGCUACAACAGCUCGUGAAAUCAGCCGGAUGUGUGCAGCACUGAACUCCAUGGACCAGUACGGGGCCAGGCGAACAAACAGCCCAGACCUUCUCCAGUAUGGACACAGUGCUCUUGCUGCUGGGCCUGGGGGCAGCAGAGGCAUCUCAGCUCAGCAGGGCACCAUGAAACCAAAUAUGAUGUACAACCCCAGUUUUCCAGAGUCUCGCCCAGGCUUUGGAAACCUAGCCCAAUACAAUCUCUCUAGGCUUGGAGCUGUCAGACAGGUGCUCCCUUCCACCGCCACUGUGCGAGCUGCUGAUGGCAUGAUUUAUUCAACCAUUAAUACACCAAUAGCAUCAACCCUUCCCAUCACCACUCAGCCGGCAUCUGUGCUACGGCCCAUGCUCCGAAGCCUCUAUAGGCCCUAUGUUCCAGGUGGAAUCACAGCAGUCCCUCUGGCGAGCCUGACCAGGAUGCCCCUUGUUACUCCACGGAUGCCCCUUGCAGCCCAAGGUCUGUAUCGCUACCCAGCACCCAGCAGGCUCCCAGUAGCCCCCGCAUCAUCCGUGAUGGAAACACCCAUGUACUUGGGCAAGCCUGUCAGCACCACUGCAGCCAGCACUGCCAUGAGUAGUGUCAGCCCAGCACCAGCUUCCAAGCCCUCCGUUCCAACCACUGUUAGCUUGCAGAGACCUGAGCAGGCAGCCACUGGCGUACGAGAAGAGGUGGCUGUGGCAGCUUCUGGGGCACAGAGUAUUGCCCGAGAUGCCAGCCAGGCACAGCAGCAGCAGCCACCGCAGCCACUGCCACCACCACCACAGCCGCCGCCACCACCACCUCAGUUACCCAUUCAGAAGCAGCAAGCAGAAGCUCCACAGUCCAGCAAGGGAACCACAGAACGGGAAGAAAAGGAGAAGGAGGAGGAGAGGCAGAGGAAGCAGCAGGAGCACAUCCUCCAGAUUGAGAGGGAGAAGGUGGAGCUGGAGAAACUGAGGCAGCUGAGGCUACAUGAGGAGCUGGAAAGGGAACGUGUGGAGCUGCAGAGACACCGAGAGAAGGAGCAACUGCUGAUGCACAGGGAGAUCCAAGAGCUGCACUCUAUAAAGCACCAAGUCCUGCAACAGCAGCAGGAGGAGCGCCAGGCCCAGUUCGCCUUGCAGCGGGAGCAGCUGGCCCAGCAGCGCUUGCAGUUGGAGCAAAUCCAGCAGCUGCAGCAACAGCUGCAGCAGCAGUUGGAGGAGCAGAAGAGGCAAAAGAGUGCCUUUCCUCCAGUAUGUGACCCAACAGGUAGGAUUCCGCCCCAGGCGGUGUCUGAAAUAGCCAUAGAAAUGCAAAGGACCUUGGCUCAGAAUGGGCAAUACUGGCCCCCACUAAACCAAGCCUUCAUGGCAACUGCUGUUCCCGGGCAAGAUGGGCAAGGCCAGCUGCCUCCUCGUUAUCCAGGGCACCAGAGGCCCCUCACCAACUCAGCUUCUGAAAUGUCCCUGCAGACGGAUGAUCAGUGGGAAGCCACUCGUGGGAUAAAGAAGCGGAACUCCAUGCCACGUCUUCGGGAUGCCUAUGAUAAGGAGACCAGCCAUGAGCCAUAUGUUGUGAAGAAGAUCACAGACAGCAGUGUGCAGACCGAUGAGGAGGAUGGUGAGGAGCGUUUCUAUGCCUCCCGGCGACGCCGCACCCGUCGCAGCACUGACUGUAGCGUCCAAACCGAUGAGGAAGACAGUGGUGAGUGGGAACAGCCGGUGCGGCGCCGACGCUCCCGCUUCUCCCGACAUUCUGACUCCAGCGCAGAGAGCAAGCAAGACUCCUCCACCAAAGGCAUGGCCAGUAUAGCCAUCCAAACCAUCAGUGACUGCUCUGUGCAGACAGAACCUGACCAGCUGCAUAGGGUUUCCCCUUCCAUCCACAUCACCACGCCUGACCCAAAGGUGGAGAUAGUGAAGUACAUCUCUGCCCCGGAAAAGACUCAACGAGGAGAGAGCCUGGCCUGCCAGACGGAGCCAGAAGUGCAGCCCCAGCCAGGCAUUGUGGUCCCUCAGCUCACUGUGCCUACAACAAUCACACCUUACUCCUCCAACAUCCAGAUUGUAAGCACAGGCCCGCUGGAUCCCCAUUCAGUCCGACAGCAAGCACUGGUGAAGAAAAAGCCUGACCCCCUUGAAAUUGGCUAUCAGUCCCACUUGCCUGCAGAUUCUCUGUCUCAACUGGUGACUCGUCAGCCUCCCAAGUCACCCCAGGUGCUUUAUUCCCCAGUCUCUCCCCUCUCCCCACAUCGUUUGUUGGAAUCAUCCUUCACCACCAGUGAAAGGCUCAACAAGGCCCAUGUGACCCCACAGAAGCACUUCAUGGCAGAUUCCACCCAGCGCCAGCAGACCCUGCCUCGCCCCAUCAAAACCAUGCAGAGAUCCUUAUCUGAUCCCAAGCCCAUCAGCCCGACAUCAGAGGAGUCUGCAAAGGACAGGUUCCCCUUGUAUCAGCACGCAUUGCUCCCUGGCAGCCAGAUUUCAACCCUGCAGUCAAACACCCUCAUUCGGAAAGUGAAGCGAACGCUGCCUAGUCCCCCACCAGAAGAAGCACAUCUUCCUCUGGCCAGCCAAGCUCACUCACAGAUGUACAUGCCUGGCCUCAUGCAGAAGGGAGUGGGCAGUCAGCCCGUUCAGGUGACCAAAGCCAGCCUCCUUAAAGAACUUGACCGUGAUCUAAAGCUGGUGGAGCACGAGUCCACUAAGCUGCGGAAGAAACAAGCUGAGCUAGAUGAGGAAGAGAAGGAGAUUGAUGCCAAGCUAAAGUACUUGGAACUGGGCAUUCAUCAGAGGAAGGAGUCUUUGCUGAAAGACCGGAACAUGCGUGAUUAUCCCUACCUGCGAUGCCUGGGAGAUAACAGGGACUACAUGUCUGACAGUGAGCUCAACAACCUCCGCCUCUCUGGCUAUGAAAGCAGUGGCCUCCUGGCAAGGCCCAGCACUGCCCCUUCAAACCAGUAUGCAGACUUCUCCAGCACGCAGUACACAUCAGCCGCCUCCUAUACACCAUAUCAGUACCCCUCAGGACAAGCUGCUUCACCAGCCCCAGCUGCAUUCCAGCAAACAAGGUUUCAGCCUCCGCAUUACCCCCCAGCAAGCAAUGGUCCUGCACAAAAUGGCUUCCAGACAAGCCCGAUGCCCGCCUACCCCACCCAAACUACAUACCAGACACACAGCUUCACUCCAAGCACUGGCUAUCAGUCUGAACUGGGCCUGCAGAGCCAUCAAGGCUUUCGGCCUCCAUACCAGGCCCAGACCACAUAUCCCAGUCAGGCGCCUCUGCAGCCUGCCACACAGAGCGCCCUUUUCCAGACCCAUGCAGACACUCACACAACCUCCCAGAAGCCGAGGCAGACAUCAUUAGCUGACCUUGAGCAAAAGAUCCCCACCAAUUACGAAGUCAUUGCCAAUCCAACUGUAGUGAUCUCUGCUGCCACCCCAGAAGUGACAUAUAGUACCACAACGGUGACCAGCAGCUAUGACCAGUACAAAGCCCCAGAAGGGAGGCCAGCGGACAGGAUUAGAGCAGUGCAAAGUCCCUCUACAACCUAUUCUUCAGACUCUCUCUACACAAACCUGGAGCAGAACAUUCCCCGGAACUAUGUAAUGAUUGACGAUAUCAGUGAACUAACCAAAGAGAGCACUGCAGGGGAGGGCCAGAAAGGAGAGCUGCAGUCACAGAGCAGCAAUGGGCGACAUAUCAAAGAAAAAAGUGACCUAGCAGACACAGAUGUCUCCAGCAGGCCUUGCUGCUAUUCCAAAGGAGAAGAAGAAUCUGAGGAAGAUAUGUAUGAUCAUCAUGGCCCCGACCAUCGGGGGAAAAGCUACCACAGGAGCUCUGAGAGCAAUGGAAGGAUGUCAGGUAGCUCUGCCUCCUAUUACUAUGGGGACAGUGAUUAUAGGCACACCUCUCGCUCAGACAAACAUGGGUCCAGUAUGGGAAUACAGAAGCACUCUUCAAAAAACUUGGCCCCAGCUGUCAUCUCUUCCAAACGUAGCAAACAUCGAAAACAAGGUAUGGAGCAGAAGAUCUCCAAAUUUUCUCCUAUAGAAGAAGCCAAAGAUGUAGAAUCAGACCUGGCCUCCUAUACAGUGACCACAUCGGUCAGUAGCAGCAGUGUGGCAUCCAGAGCAAAGAAGCUACAAGACGACAUCACUUAUGGUCUCAAGAAGAAUGUAUACGACCAGCAGAAGUACUAUGGCACAUCCAGUAGAGAUAUGAUGGAAGAAGAUGACAGAGCAUAUAGUGGUGGUCGAUCCAGAUCCUCUGGUUAUGUGUCAAGCCGUGAAAUCCGGAGUAGGUCUUACGAGAGAGAGAGCAUGGAGAGGCCCCAGAAAGGAAGCGCCAAGCCUUCUUCCCUUAGUAUGAGUCAAAGUCGUGGGCGACCUCCAAUUCGCACACAAACGUCAGAAGAAGAGAGCCCAGUUAGUCCUCUGGGGAAAUCCAUGGGUGUAUCACGGUCCUCUGGGGGACCUCUCCCUCAGUCAGCCGGGGAUAGCUGCUCCCAGUUCUGCUCCAGUCACUCAUUGCCUGAUGUACAGGAACAUAUCAAAGAUGUGCCAAGAGCCCACUCCUACAAGCAUGAGGAAGGUUACAUCAUGGAUGAUUCACAUUGUGUUGUUUCAGAUAGUGAAGCCUAUCACUUGGGCCAGGAAGAGACAGACUGGUUUGAUAAGCCAAGGGAACCUCGUUCAGAGAGGAUGAGGCAUUAUGGUGGCCACUCCUCAUCCUCCCAGAAGAGGGCUCCAAUUAAGCACACCUACCAUGACUAUGAUGAACCUCCAGAUGAAGACUCGUGGCACCAUGAUGACUACUCUCACCCACGUCACUCCUCUUCCAAAGAACACAGGCACCAUGGAGACUACGGGAGGCAUUCAUCCUCCUCGCGCCACUCCAGUGAUGAUCUGCCCAGGAGAUCCUCUAGGCAACACCCGAGAGAUCCAGGCCGCCAUGAAUCACGUGGACAUGGGCAGCCCUCUGCCCAGAAGAAAGCUCCACAAGCAGAUACAAGAACACAGCCAGGGUAUCCCUCCAGCUCCUCAGAGUACUCCCAGCAGUCCCGACAGCCCUCCGGCUACCAUCACACCACAGAACCCCAGAAAUCACAGAGGCAGAUGCAACACGGGCUGCCAUCCCAGCAGCCAAAGUCAGAGCCUCUUACGCACCCGCAGCAGCAGCAACCAAGGCAACAACAAGUCGGGCAACCACAGCCGCCGCCACAGCAGCAACCAUCCCGGCAGCAGUCGCAGCAGCAGCAGCAGCCGCCGCCAAGCAGACAGCCGCAGCAGCAUCAGACUGCCCCUUCGCAGCAGUCCUCGCAGCCACAGCCGCAGCCAACCAGGAUGCAGCAGCCGCAGCAGCCGGGCACCGCGGCCCAGCCCUCCUCGCGGCCAGCCCAGCAGCAGCCUGGCCAGCCCCAGCCAGUAGGCAAACCACAGUCAACCCAAGCACAACCCAGCACUCACCAGGCGGGACCACCUAAAGCAGAGCAAAUGGAUGCAUCCAAACCUACCACAAAAGUGCCACAGGUGGGGAAAGCACCCCAAACCCAGCCACAGGGAACAGCAGCAGGAGGCAUUAAACUGGGUCCAAAACCAACAGGAGCACCCACUUCUGCAGGUGUAGCAGCUGGACAGCCAGGAGCAGAAGGAGAAAGUGUCUUCUCCAAAAUCUUGCCAGGAGGAGCAGCAGAGCAAGCAGGCAAACUGACAGAAGCUGUGUCAGCCUUUGGCAAGAAAUUCACAUCACUUUGGUGA